UUAGAGUUUUGUCAAACACAAUUUUGCUUCUUGAGAUUCUGCAUAAUUGAGUUUGGUUUCUUGAGAUUCUAUAUAAACAUGAAUUCACCAAAAUGUACUUAAAUCAAUACGAAAAAUUGUCUUUCAGGUUUUUAGCAUGUUGAGCGUAUUAGUCCUUUAAAUCUGUAAUAUGAUCCGCAGCCCUUGCACAUGCAUGGCAACGAAGCAUGCAUAAUUUCAUUGUCUACCUGUACCAGGGUUUCAAGUGCAUUUUGCUUAUACUUAUAAGAACUAAGAAGUAUUCCUUCAACACAAUACUCCCGAGAAUAAGGUACCACUCUAAAAUUUCCAUAAAAAACCCCUGCUUUAAGCAAAAAAGGGCUUUUUGAACAAAUUAUUUGCCGGUUAUAUGGAGAUAUCCGUUAGUGGGAAAUGUCCAUGAUGCGGAGAUGCCACUAUUUAGGAUGCGCCAUUUAAUGGGAGUUCCAUUGUAUAUCAAAUUCUUCAAAGUUGAUUGUGUCACAGAAGUUUCAGUAGAGUUCCAAAUUGAUUACUUCAAAGAAUUAUACUUUUUGUUUUUUUUUAAUUUUGGUUGUAUAACCUAAAGGAGCAUUAUGAAAUACUUUUAAAUGCUGAAAAUCAGUCAAAUGAUGUUGAAACCGGCAAAAUAUGGCCACAUGGGCAGAGAUUCAUUUGCCAUCAAAUCAUUGUAAUUUUGAUUUGGUUCUAAGCAUAUAUGAACCAGGCAAAAACAACAGUAAUCCAUGCUCCUUGAAAUCCAGGAGCGUAUUGAUACCUCAAAUAUGGGGGGGGGGGGAUGUUUCCAAUGAUGCUUUAUACAUGGUAUCGAUCAAAUCCACAAGGAAGAUUAUUAUUGUGAUCUAGUUGAGUGUUGGCAUGCACAACAUUUCGGCAUUUUAGAAUUAGGUUUAAGUUGUCUAAAUAUAAUUGACGAAGUGUUGCAUUGCAAUUUGAGUAGGUAUAAGGUGUUUCGGUGUUGCGUACAAUAAUAUGCAUAAAUUAUCUUAUCGAGGAAACCCUUUAUGGAUGUUUUAUGAAAGACACAGCAAAUUUAUAAUCGUAGGGCCCUCUAGUUUACUUUCUCGAGCUUCUUUUGGCUUGCAUUACUGCAGAAUAACUAGAUGAGGGGGCAGUAAUUGAAGUGACAAACAAUAAAUGAGUUAAUAAUCGCCACUCUUUUUCGCUACCCAUGAAUCGAGCUAGUCUUUUGAUUGCGUUUGGCUGAAUUUCAGCUUUUUUGCAGACUUUAUCAAUAUGCGAGUCAAAUUUUAGUUGUUCAUUGAUUUGAAUUCCAAGUAAAAUUACUUCGCUAUUUACAAUUAUUUUGAAGCCAUCAUUUAUAGAAAAUUCUGUAAUGUGAUUGUCAUUAAUACCCAAAAUCAGUGACUGAAAUUUAGAUGGAUUGGCUGUCAUAUGAUUUGAAUUAAACCAGUCAAUGCAUUUAUUGGUGUUAUGCUGUACUAGUCUAUGGAGUCAUCGAGAUCGUAUUAUCAUCUGCAAAGUUACAUAGUUACAUAGGGAGCCCUCCUGAAUGUCAUUAACUCGAUUGACGUUAAACAAUAGUAACGGGCCCAUUAUCCAACCUUGGGGAGCCUCAAAGUUCAAGACUUGAUACUUUGGUAUUCCUUACCCCUUCCCUAAUUUAUGAUAAAAAGUAAAAUAAUUCGAUUUUUCGUCAAAGUGUUCUAAUCUGUGACGCUUUUAUUAGAAAUGUUGAAAGCAAAAUACCCACCUGUUUAAUUCCAUCAAAUUUUCAACAUAAGCGCUGUUUUAUAAUCAACAAAAGCCUACUCAAUGUGAAAUGUGAAGUUCUAAGAAAAUCAAACGUGAAAUUUUCUUUAAAUACCAUCAGAUUAAAAAAAAAUAAAUCAGGUAAAAGCAAAACAAACAUUAUAAGCUGUUCAACUCAGUGUUCCAGAGGCUUAUUGAACUGAAUUAACACAUAUUGAUAAAGAAACCUGUUGAUUUACACAAAACACGGAAACCGUUAGGCCAUUAAUCAUCAACAAUGGGGCAAUCGACGAACACCGUUGUCGGCAAACCUGUGAAAUUAGAGGCUAUUAAAGUGGUACCGAGAGGUCUGAAAUCCACGAGAGAUCAGUGGCUUUACUCUUUCAUCAAGAAGCUGAAAAUGGCCACGAUGACUUCAAGCGAAAGACAAUGCAUCGACAGACUGAGCAGAGAGGAAAUUGUAAACACAACCAAGCGCCUUUGUGAUGACUACAUCGAGGACAGGUUGAUUAGAUCUGGUCUCCAGCUAAAAGAAAGAAAACUAGGAAAUAUCGCACAAGAGACAGUUCUGGAGGUGACAGAAUCAGAUUCAAGCGACUCAUUUGCACAUACUGCUUCUAGAAAGAGAAAGUCAGCUGUAAAUUCUACAUCUUUAAAACCUGCAGGUAUUCUAAGAUCUCUAUCCACAAGCAGUAAUGUGGCCCCUGACGUGCAAAGACUUAGAAGAGUUUCAUGGCAAGAUGAGGUAAGAGGAGUGAGAGAAAAGCACCGUAAGGUUUUUGACAAAAGGAAUCCAAGUGAUGUUGCCUGUCUUUUGUGCACCGUUGGUGAGAUCCUUGAGUUGCGGCAUGCUGGAGUUUACAACGAUCUUUUUACACAACUUAACAUACACAUGAUUUCAGAGAUAACGUUGAGACGAGCUUUUAUUGGGGUUGCAAAAGAAAUUUUCAGGGACGGAAUCAGCUGGGCCAAAGUCGUAUCUUUAUUCGCCUUUGCCGGGGGUAUGGCUGUUGAUUGCGUCUUAAACUGUGCAAACAUGUAUGUAGCCAGGCUGAAAAGCUGGACAGUGCAAUUUAUAGAGAAUGAUCUAUGUGACUGGAUUUUGCUACAAGGAGGAUGGGGUGGACUUGUGGAAUCCUUUGUACAAAAUCAAAGACCUUUGGUGCCACUAACACUGUUAACUAUUCUGUCCUUGUUUGUGUUGGUUGUAGCAUUUCUUGUGAGCAAUAUAUUAAAUCAGAAGUAGAACCAUGGGAAACAAAAAUAUACAAAGAAAUAAAGAUGUGUCCAGGUUCUAUAUGAAAGGUGAAAUUAAUUCUCAAUUUAUGAACUAUGUGAUUACGCAGUGAACUCUCAGCUUCGCUUACACCAAAUGUGCACAACCCUAUUGGUUUACAGCCAUCUAAUAAGUUCAUUAAUAUUUGGGAUUGUCAUUCUUCAUUUGCUAAAAGGCAAGAACUUGAUCUAUAGCAUUCUUUGCAAGAACAUAAAGUGCUUAUAUUCAAACAUAGAUUAAAAGCUUAGUCUGUGAAAAUGUCCACUCUAGUUGUGGGGAUUUUCAUAUCAGAUCUUAGAUCAAGAUUGAGCUAUUUUUUUGAACAAAAAAUAUGGCUUAUUAAAAACCUUUUACAGCCAAAGUCAGGCAGGCCUCAUUGAAGCUCCUUUCACAAAGCAAUUUCUAAAGAAAUGCCUCAUAACAUUUUUUAAAAAUCUAAUUCCUGUGUCUAGCAUUGUGCUUUUAACUGCUGUGAAUAUGAGUUUAGCUUAUUACAAAACUUUUUUCGAGAUCUUGGUUCCAUUUAAUUUUUUAAUUGAUGCCAAUUUAAAGUUUAAUAGGUAUAGUUCCAUUUGUCCAUAUAAUUUUUACGUAGUAUUACUAAGGACCAUAGAGCAUAUAAUGGAUGGAGGCUAUGGCCUAAUUCAGGACUCAAUAUGCUGAAAGUCAAGAACAAGAUGAUUCAUGGUUUCAAGAACAUUCUGAGUAUUAUUUGGGGCAAAGCCCCCUUGCACCUAACUACAUCUGUGGUCCUUGGAAUAGCAUAAAAUACAAAUAUUCAUUAAUUUAGCCAUUUUAUAGAGGUAUUUUAUUAAUCAUAUUUGAGGGUGUUCAACUAGAAUUUAUUACAAAUGAGUGUUUAUAUAGUUAACAUACAUAUUUUCAAAAUGAAACAAAUUUGGGGCAUUGUAACUAAAGAUUUAUUGGGUUUUGAUGUUAUAUUAAAAUCAGAUUUGAUUAAAGAAGAUUAUCUGAUUUAUGAUGUAGUAAAGCUUUUAGAAUGUUUACCUGAAAUUUUCUGGAUUAAAAGAAUAUUUUAUUGCAUUCGGAAAAAGUACCCUAUUUUGCACACUAAUUCUGACAGUCUUCUACGCUAUUGUAAUCAUAUAGCUGUCAAUGACAUGUUUUUCAUUCAACUGGAUAUUUAGAGUAAAUAAGUAACACCAGUAAUUGCAGACUAUUUGGAUGUCUCAAUUCUAUAUCAUGCUUGAGACUGAGAGAUACUUAUCUUGUUUAUUAAGAUUAUGUAUAUCUUUGAUGGUUAUGGAAAAGUAUGUUAUGGUGAAUGGCGAUUUUUUAACUGGGUGUCAUCAAUAGGAUGAAAAGUAGGAUAUAGUUGCUUUGUCUACAUACUCUUAUCUGGUCAACAAAGUGACAAAUAACAUUUUAGAUCAGUUUUUAAUGAUACAUGGCAAUGCAAACCUUGGCAAAACCAAUGAACCACCAUGCAGCAGGGAUAUAUUUUGUUUACUUGCCACAUGUAAAAUACAAAAAUUAUAAGGCCAACUGAUUAAUUGUUUAGUUAUACAUAAAAAAAUUCAGAGAUAGGACAUUUUGAUGGUGUGUUUAUCUAAGUGGUAUGAAUUUAAAACCUAUCCUAAAUAUAUUUUGGGUAAAUGCUUUAUUUUUAUAAUUCAAGGUUUGCUGAAAAAGAGCAAAAGGAGUGAAGUGAUAAAUUGCAAAGGAAAUUUAUAGAAGUGGUGUCUUAGAGAGAGAUAAGAUUCAUUCCGACAAAAUAAAAUACAUUUCAUUAAAGGAUGUUUAUGUAAGGAAAAACGGCUGACAACAUAAAAAUAAGCAUUUAAGAUGAAACAGAAAAAUUAACUACAACAGCCCUAAUGCUCGCAUCUACAUGUCAAAGCUCGUCAUGUUGUUCUGUUUUUCCAUUAAUUGGAACAAAUUCAUUGUCCAUUUCCUCAUCCUCAUCUGCAACAUCUUCAGGCUCUUCUUGUUCCUCUUCUUGUUCCUCUUCAUCAUCUCCGACCAAAUAUCUCUUGGUCCUUUCUCUUUUUUCUUCUUCAAGCAUAGUGUCAACAUCACCCUCAUCAUAAUCAGAUGGCUUCUUUGCCUGUCUGUAGAUUUCUGGAGUAGCAGCCUCUUCUCCCUCCACUUGUCGUUCAUUGUAUUUUUCGAGAGCAAUUGGCAAAUUGCGCUUUGCCAUUUCUUGAGAAACUGUAUUUGCAUUUUCCCCACCAAGAAUGUCAAAAAAUCUGUUGCCAAAUGUUUGGGAUCCUUCCAGGCCUUCUACAUAGACUUCAAGGAAUUUUUCUCUUGAUAAAUUACCUUUGUGCUUUUUCAAAUGAAGCAAUAGUGUUUCUUUUAUUGCUUCUGGGUCUAUGCUGUUAUAUUCAAACCAUGGAGCAUUUGAUGGGUCAACCCUUUCAAAGCACAUGGCAGCAACUCUCAACUUCUCUUUAGAAAAUGCUCUUAUCAUUUCUUGUGUAAGAUUUUCUGCUCCAUUUGUCAAAGUCUCAUAAGCCUUUGUGGCAUAAUCUCUAGCAAACUUGAUAUCUUUCUCGGAAUAUAUUUUAUGAACUGCCUUUAUAAGUCUUUUAAGAGUGUAUAUACCUUUUUUGUUAACAUUUUCAAGCAUGCCAAUUCGAACAUCUUCAAGGUCAGCAUUUCCCAUAGAGAGAUCUCCUUUACCUGGGUACAUCCAAUCAACAAUAAAAUCACUUAAUGGCUUUGAUUCUUGGGUCACAUUGUCACAGUCACUAAAAUCCAGAUCCCUUUUCUUGUACCUGUCAAACCUGGAAAACAACAGGGCAACAGCAACAUUGUUUGAUCCAUAUGACAACACAUUAUGGUACAUCCCUUUGGGGAGAAACAAACAGUCUCCCUUCUCAAUCUUUGUAAAUUGCCAUGGCACUUGUGAAACCUUUGGGUACUUAUGUAAGUCCACAGAAUGCACAUUUAUUUUAGAAUAUCCUCCAAAGGAAGGGGCAGCUUCCCAUGCCUUGUAGAUGUUCUUCUCCUGCUCUAAAGCAAUCAGUUUCCACUCCUUGGUCCCAUUUAAAAGACAGUUCACUGUAUUAAAAGCAUCUUUGUGUAAGACACUGCUUGCAUUCCCACCAUUCAUCCAGAAAUCGACCUCUACCAUUUGAUGCCUAAAUGUUCCACAGGUCAUAAAUGGUAACACACCAGCUUCAUGGUACAUUGGCUCUGGUAACUCUGUUACAAUAUAUCCCUUGUGGUCUGGAUUAUGAUAACUUU